GAGAGAGAGAGAGAGAGAGAGAGAGAGAGAGUUGGGUGGUUGGUUUUCAUUUUUUGGUUUGUUAAUGGUUUAGGUGGGAGGUAUUAGUGAAGAGGAAGGAGUGUGCAAAGAGGAAAAGAAGAGAAACUCCCCCUCUCCCCACCACCACCCAAAAAAAAAAACAAAAAAAACAAAGAGAGAGAGAGAGAGAGAGAGAGAGAGAGAGAGAGAGAGAGAGGGAGUAGUAAUGAGUUGGAGGAGUAGAGGAGGAGGAGGAGGAGAGAGUGUGGUUUCAAAGAGAUGGACUUUUCUUCUUUGCCUUGGGAGCUUCUGUGUUGGGCUUUUAUUCACCAAUAGUAUGUGGACGAUGCCAGAACCGAAAGAUGCCAUCGCAGCCAGUGGGCAUGAAAAGGAUAAGACAAAUCUAAUCGCAGGAGACUGCGAUCCCAUAAAAAUCCGUGAAAAACAAUGGCAUAAGGAGAGUUUUGGGGAAAUAUCCAACACCCGUAAUGCAGCGCAAACACUGGAGAAAACAAUUUCAAACCUAGAGAUGGAUUUAGCAGCUGCGAGAGCCGCACAAGAAUCUAUACUCAACGGUUCGCCCAUAUCAGAAGAGUUUAGUUUCACUGACUCGAGCGGACGACCGAAGUAUUUUAUGGUUAUAGGAAUUAAUACGGCUUUUAGCAGUCGGAAAAGAAGAGACUCGAUUCGAAGUACUUGGAUGCCUCAAGGUGAGAAGAGGAACAAGCUGGAAAAAGAGAAGGGCGUCAUUGUCCGCUUCGUUAUUGGUCACAGUGCUAUUUCGGGUGGUAUUGUAGAUCGAGCAAUUGAAGCUGAGGACAGAAAACAUGGAGACUUUAUGAGGCUCGAUCAUGUCGAAGGUUACCUGGAAUUAUCCGGCAAAACAAAAGCAUACUUUGCUACGGCGGUCUCUAUGUGGGACGCAGACUUCUACAUCAAAGUCGAUGAUGAUGUACAUGUGAAUAUUGCAACUCUGGGAAAUAUCUUGUCCAAACAUCUUCUCAAGAGUCGAGUAUAUAUUGGGUGCAUGAAGUCCGGUCCCGUUCUAACUCGAAAGGGGGUCCGAUACCACGAACCCGAGCAUUGGAAAUUUGGAGAUGGAGGAAACAAGUAUUUUCGGCAUGCUACUGGCCAACUAUACGCCAUCUCAAAAGAUUUGGCGACUUACAUAUCCAUAAACCAGCAUAUGCUGCACAAGUAUGCGAAUGAGGAUGUUUCACUUGGGUCAUGGGUGAUUGGACUAGACGCCGAGCAUAUUGACGAUCGAAGACUAUGCUGCGGUACACCUCCGGAUUGCGAAUGGAAGGCUCAAGCAGGCAAUACGUGCGCCGCCUCAUUCGACUGGACCUGCAGCGGUAUAUGCAAUUCUGCAGAUAGGAUCAAGGAGGUCCAUCAGCGAUGUGGCGAAGGCGAGGACACUCUUUGGAAAGCAGCUUUCUGAGAAACUGCUGCUGCUGCUGCUGCAGCUGGUGUAUUGCUCCCAUGUUGUGCAUUCAAAUGCAUGUGAGAGAGGUGGGGGUGUAAAAUGUAUGGCUUUUUCAGUAAGCAGACCUUCCAGAUUUUACCAGAGGAGGUUUGUUUAUAUGAUUAAAGUGGAGAGAGAGAGAGAGAGAGAGAGAGAGAGAGAGAGUAGAAAAAAGGGGGGUGGGUGUCAUGUAUACAUUCUUUGAAGUGUUUUGGUGGUCAUUGUGUAUCUAAUCUCAUUCAUGUGGCUACCAAAUUAUUAUUAUAAUAAUAAUGAUGAUAAUAAUGAAAGACUUUCUCUCAAGCAGAAACACACUUUUCUUGUUU